AUGGGGCACCUGAAGCAGCCAUUCGCGAUCCCGCUGUCGCCCGCAAUGCCCCUCCCGGAGUCCAACCCCUCCAUCCACGAUGAUUUCCUCCUUCCGAUGACUCCUCCAGAUCCCUCCGAGGUCCCACUAAUGGGAACCAAGGACACUGCGCCCGUGACUUCAGCCCUGCAGGUUAUCGCGGCGGAGCGCGCCGCUCUGGCGCAUCUGGAGCAUAUCUACCAGACCGAUCCGCUGGCACAAGAUAACCUCGCGCGCGCGGUGGCUCAGAUUGUGCGCACCAUCAAGUAUGGCGGGAAAUUGGUCUGCUGUGGUGUCGGCAAGAGUGGUAAGAUUGCUCAGAAGCUUGAAGCCACCAUGAAUAGUAUGGGGAUCUAUAGUGCUUUUCUGCACCCCACGGAAGCCUUGCACGGCGACCUGGGCAUGAUACGACCGCAUGAUACGCUAUUGUUAAUAUCUUUCUCGGGCCGCACACCCGAGCUUCUGCUCAUGCUUCCUCAUAUCCCUUCAACUGUCACGGUCAUCGCUAUCACUUCCCAUAUGGUCUCGUCGACUUGUCCUCUGCUUUCUUUCCACCCGUCAAACAUGGGGAUCCUCUUACCGGCACCGAUCCACGAGGAUGAAGAGACCUCGAUCGGAGUCUGUGCCCCGACUUCGUCCACCACGGUAGCCUUAUCGCUGGGAGAUGCACUGGCUAUCGCUACGGCUCGGCGACUACAUACAGCUCCUGGCAGAGGCCCGGCGGAGAUCUUCAAGGGCUUCCAUCCUGGCGGGGCCAUCGGCGCUGCGUCCAUAGCUUUGACACCUAUGAGCAUGUCAUCUGCGUCAAGUUCCGCCGCCCCAUCAGACUAUAUUCCUGCUCAACAGACCGCGACCUCCUUCCCGCAGUCAGACGACAAGCCUAAUCAGCGUUCUCUCGUCCGUGAUAUGCUCGUGUCCCUCGAUCAGAUUCCCAGGGUGUCUACUUCGGGUAAAGUCCGUCUUCUAGACAUUCUCCUCACUGCUAUCCAGCACCCCAACGCCAAGUCAUGGGUCCAUCUCUCACCAUCCGAAAUCGUGCCCCCACGGCAUCUCCGCUUCGUCUCCCAGAGCAACUAUGUAGAUAUGCACGUUUCCGCCUUCACUGAGCUGGGUCUACCUUUCGGUGUCUCCCGCAAGGAUUGGUUCCGCCUCGCGAGCUCGAGCACCAUCGACGACGCGCGACGGCUGGUUUCUGAGGCUGGUGCAUCCUCAGGCACCCCCGUGACAGUGGUGGCCGUCAUGGACGAGACCAACCCUGACCAUUGUGUUGGUGUCAUAGAAGCUGAGGAUCUAUGGAAUGAUUGUGAUGACUAA